CGAGAGAACGCGCUCCUUUUUGUUUUGGUUCUCGGUCGCGCCACAGAGUACGCCUGCAGAUCCGACUGGUGUGUGUUUGGUGAUUCAUCACCACUUUUUCGGACAAGCAAGAUUCCAAGGCUAUUGGUGCCAGAUUGGGCCAUGGACAAGCGCCCGGAGACUCUGCACGACCUCAUGGGCACGCCCAUGGGCGACGUGAGUGCCCACAGACGAGGCUGCACGAGAUUGUUGCGUACUUACUGUGGUCGGUUGGUGCAGGUGGUGGGGUGGCUGGAGCCCCAGGACACUUGUAUCCUCGACAAGAGGGAAAAACUCAGCAAGUGAGAACGAACGAGUUCGUUCAUUGGGGGUGUGUGUUUGAUCAUGGGGUGCGCGUGUGGUUGUGCAUCAUGGCUGCAGGUGUCUGACCGAGUUGCACCGUCGCGGUCUGCGCAGCUGUGUGGUCAAGGACGCCAACAUGUUCCUCUUCUUCGAAACAUCAGCCACAUUCCACAUCAUGGACAUGCGGGUACACCACAGCACAGCACAGCACAACAGACACAUACGCACCCUCCCAAUCGCCGACCCAUUCUUUCAUAUGUCGCGUAUGUGUCACAUGCAGGACGUCAACUGCUACGUGAUGGAUCUGAUCCGCAAGCUAGAGGCCGAGAAGGCCCGAGGGAGCGGUGCGGCACCGGCAGAGGCCCCACCACCGCCAGCGGCCAGCAAGAAGGACAAGGACACCGUCACCAUCUCGCUGACCGGCGUCACCAAGGCCCUGCAGCCAACAGACAUCGGGGGCAUUGCAAGUGAGCUGAUAGGGACAGAGUGGGGAGAGGGAAGUCACGUGCAAAUGGCCACACACGUGUGCUGUGCUGUGCCGUGUUGUCUUCUUUUGUAAUGCAGAUUACAGCAAGAAGAACGGCCCGCGUCCGUUGGACGCGAGUGAGACCCUCCGCGAUGCGCUCAAGGCGUUCGAGGACAGCCCCAGAGUGUAAGGAGGACGUACCCUCAUCCAUCCAUCCAUCCAUCUGUGUGUGUGUGUGUGUGUGGUGUUUGGUUUGUGGUGCUUGGUCAGUCCGGUGCUGCUGAACUCGAAGCUGCUUCGCAUAUUCAGCGCCGUCGACUUCUUCCAAAUACUCAAGGUGAGAAGCAAAUGGAGACCCUUUAACAGUGCAUUUGUCUGUCUGUCUGUCUGUUCAACAGGAGGGCAAGUACCUGCCGGAGAUCGAGAGCAUGUCGGUAAGACGUCCAUCCAUCCAUCCGUCCAUCAUCCAUCCACACGGGCGGCCCAUCCCUUCCUCCCUCUCUCCCUCCCUCCUCGUCUAUCUGUGUAUGCCUCCCUGCAGCCGUUGAAGCACACGGACAGCUUCCCCCUGGAUGUCGUCGCCCUCAACGAAGCAGACACACUUUUCAAAGUGAGCCAGUCAGGGACAGAACCAGCGACUGUGAUCCCUCCCGCGUGUGUGCGUGCAUGUGUGUGUGCGUGUGUGUGUGUGGUUGGUUGCUUAGGCGAUGCGUCUGUUUGAGAGCACGGGUUACUCUGCGCUGCCCAUCACUGAGGGCACCGAGAGCCCCGGCGGCAGGGGCAGGACACUCGCAGUCAUAUCCGUCAGAGACCUCGCGGUCAGCUCACUUAACACACAUGGCACACAGCACAGCACGGCACGCAGUAGUCUGUGUGUGGUGUGCAUCGAGUGUGUCGUGCGUGUCCGUGUGCGUGUGUCAGUCGCUGGCCAUCCACAAUGGGCUGCAUCCUGAAAGCGUCUUCAACGAGCCCGCGGUAGCCAUGCCAUCCUGACACUCGACUGUGGAGGCUCGUGGUGUGGUGUUGUGUGUGUUGUGUGCAGAUAGAGUUUUUGACCCGUGUGCGUCAGCAGGACGUGACGGGCAAGACGGGCAAGUCGCGCUUCCCCUACAUCCACGUGCCGCACGACGCCACGCUGCAGAUGGUCGUGUCGAAACUCAUCACCACACGGGUAUGUAUGGGAAGCUUACCCGGUCUCUCUUUUUCCUCUUCCUCUUUCUCUCCCUCUCUCAAAAUCAAUAAACCAUCUCGUGGUUGUCUGUGUGCGCGUGCAGAUCCACCGUGUUUUGUUGUGUGACCAGAACGACAACGUCACCGGUAAGUGCGCAUCCAUGUUGGGGUGCGUGUGACUCGAUGGAUGGAUGGAUGGAUGUGUUGUCAGGUGUGUUGUCGAUCACCGACGUGGCCAAGCGGCUGGGCAGAGUGCUCUAGAGCCCACUCUAUCUGUGUGUGGUUUAACUAAGCCCCUCCAGUUGGCCACGGAGGGGGGCCUCAAUUUCUCCUCCUUCCCUCUCAUUUCUCGUACUCAGUCGGUGGGUGUGUGGAAUCUUAGCCAGGGAGACGCACAGCCAAAUCGGGUCUAGCUCUUGUCGCUCGUGGCUGUCGGCGUGCCAGUGUGUGAGUGGGGUGUGUGUGUGUGUGUGUGUGUG